GUGCAAACAAACAAAAAUUAGUUAAAAAAAAAUAGUUUAUGAGUUUAGGAGGCUAAAGCUACAGAAUUUGAAUGAAUAUGACUGAACUUUCCUCAUAUUUGUCAAGUGUUGAAUCUGAUUCAUUGAAUGAAACACCUUUAGUUGGAGAUGAUUACUGUGUCUACAAAAAGAAGAAGUUUGGAGAACUGGUAGACCGCAGAGUAUCUAUUAAUGUGCCUGUUGAAGCAGAUGAACAGUUUGUUGACCAGCUAGAUAAAGCUGUUCAGUUAGAUACAAAGGAUUUUGACAUUCCGCCUCUUACAGUACCACAUUUUUUUUUGACGGCUGUGAAACAAUUCAAAGAUAGGGCAGCAUUAGUUUUUGAACACGAUUCUCUGCCACAGUAUGUUACAUAUCAAGGAUAUUAUAAAGCUGUUUUGAAUGCAUCACUGAGUCUAUUAGCUUUGGGUCUUCAGAUGAAUGAAACAGUUGCUCUGGCUUGUUAUAACUCAGCCUAUCACUUUAUUUGCACAAUGGCUACCAUGUUUGCAGGGGGAGUGUAUACAGAUUUGUAUACUUUCUCAAAACAUUCCCUGGUGUUUAGUAUCCUGGACGCUUCAAAGGCUGGGUUUGUUGUUGUUGAUGAUAACAGACAACUUCAAGAGAUUCUUAAUGUCAUGAAUGCUCUUCCAUAUUUGAAAUGUGUAAUAUUUAUAACAAAAACUGAUGUUGUAAAUGAUCGAGUCUACAGUUGGGAACAGUUCAUGCAGAAAGGCUCAGCUUAUCCAGCAGCUUUCCUAGUUACUCGUCUCAACCAACUGGCCCCUAACAAGUGCUGUGCUGUUUUUUACAUGUCCAAUAAAAUUGUUGGGCAAACUAUACCAGAAGGAAUCAUGAUGAGUCAUGACAAUUUAACAUUCAUGGCUCAAGUCUUCAGUAAGGAAGUGUCACCCAAGAUAUACUCAGUGAAAGAAAACUCUUCUCUGAUGCCGUACAGGACACUGAGCUACCUAUCACUGUGCUGGGCGUUUGGCCUAGUCACGGAGAUGCUGUUACCUAUAGCGCUUGGUGCUACAGUUUUUUUUGCUGGCCCAGAUGUGUUGCAGGGAUCUCUUAUCAAAACUCUGCGAAUGGUUCGACCAUCUAUUUUUUUUGCUACCAGUCGAGUGUGGAUAAUGUUGUAUAAGAGAGUUACUGAGAAGUUUAGUACCAUGAACAUGUUGAUGAGGUUUAUGCUGUUGAGAAAGUUGAGAGCUAUGAUGCAAGAUGAGAAUGUUUUUAAAAACAGGAUUCAAUUGAAAGGGCGUGAUAACUACUUGCAGAAUAAGCUUAAAAAAAAACUUGGAAUGAAUCAAGUUAAAAUGUUUUUUUCAAUUGAAAGACCUCUAGACGUCCAAAAAUUGAUGUUUUAUUUGAGCAUUGGGAUUCCUAUUUGUGAGGUUCUAGACUCACCACUACUAUCUGGCCCACAUGCCUUUAACAGGUUAGAGAACUUCUAUUUAGCAUCACAAGGAAAAGAGCUGUUUGGUUGUGAGUCUAGAGGAAUUAAAAGAAAAGAAGACUGUGUCAGAAAACUGUUUGUGAAGGGUCGACACGUGUGUAUGGGAAUUUUGGAGAAAAAUACCAUUUUAAGUCAACACGGAUUCAUCAACACAGGGUUGUUAUUUGAACGCGGUCUCAAUGGGAAUAUUUAUAUCAAAGGAACUACUGACAAUGUUAUCAUGCUGAGUAACGGGUGCACUAUUCCAUGCGAACCAGUGGAGAUUGUCAUCAAAGAGAUUCUUCCCAUCAUUGCAAGCUGUAUCUUAGUUGGCAAUGAUAAACCAUUUUUAUCUCUCAUUAUCACAAUUAAGACCAUUAUAGAUUUAAAGACGCUGGAGCCAACGCCCACUCUAACUAUACCCACCAGGGUCUGGCUGAGAAAGUUCGGUAUUGAUGUCAAGUUGUCCAGAGAUUUGUUGAAAAGUAAAUUUUUGUUUGAGAUUGUUGAUGAUGCUGUUUCACAUGUGAACAAACAACUGGGUGAUGCAUCAAUUAAGACUUACAAAAUCUUACCUGUUGAUUUCUCUUUCCUGGAGGGUGAAAUUGAUCCUGUGACAAGAGUUAUUAACAGAAAAGUCAUCUUGGAUCAUUACAAGAAAAUAGUGCAGACCAUGUACAGUUCAGGGCCAUCUUAGUCAACACAGUGACAACUGCAUACAGACUUACUACACAACUACACACAGACUUAGCCUACAACCAUGCACAGACUUACAACACAGUGACAACUACACACACAGACAUCCAAUACAAUUAGAACUGCACAUGCCUCCAAAUACAAUGACUAA